UCUCAAGUCUUGACAGGAGUUUUUCACUGGGCUCCGGUGUCACAAGUUUUUGGUCUACUUUGUGGCCCAGGGUGGUGCACAGCUGGAGGCGCAUUGUGUGUAUUCAAGCAGGACGGCAUGGCCAUUGUAUGUGUUUGCCAAUAUAUGGAGGCCGGGAUGAGGAGAGGGACACAACCAGCCUGAAGUCUCGGAGCCUGAAGCCCCUUGUCAAGUGGUGUCCGGUGAUUGUUUCCUUCUCGCUAUGAGCUGCCUGGAUGUGAUGUACCACCAAAGCUAUGGAGCCCAUCUCCUGCCUGCAGAAACCUACAGGUCCACUUAUUACAACCACCAUCACCACCAGCAACAACAGAAGAGGCUAAGCGCUCACACUAAGAUGCAGAGCUGCUCAAACCAGCAGCAAGCCGGAGGAAGAGGACUUCCGUCAAGAGAUCCCAGUCUUCGGCACGGUCAUGGAACCGAAUCGGGAUGUGUAUCGAUAAACGACUUGGAUCUGAAAGACGGAACUCAACCGGCCGAAGCGGAGUACCUUAACUCCCGAUGUAUACUGUUCACCUACUUCCAAGGAGACAUCAGUGAUGUGGUAGAUGAACACUUCAUUCGGGCGCUCAGUCAGUCCGCUGGACUUCACAGAGAGACAAAACCGAUCCGUACGAGUCAGACGUCUGUUUCUAGUACUACUAAUACAUGGAAAGAUGGUGAGUCACUUCCUGAGGGUCAGAACUCCUCAGUUUGGAACAACACCUAUCCAUCCCAUUCUACGACCUGCCUCCCUUCUGUCUCGGUGUCAGUCCACCCAGAAUUCUCCUCCAGUCCCAUUUCCCUCAGCCACACUGAUGGAGGUCUGUGGGCUGGCCAUGUGCUCUCCCAGACCGGCCUCCAACCCCUGACAACCUUCACUGACAGCUGGGCCUACAGCCUGAACCCCCAAAGCACAAACGGCUACCCCAACGUCCAUGACGUCUACCACCCUCACACCCACUCCCACAUCCACGCUCGACACCAUCACCACCAUCACCACCCCAUGUUCCAUUCAUAUCCAAGUCAUGGAACAUCGUUGGAGUCAAGGUUCAGUCCUAUUCUCCUGCCGGGUGUGAGGAACCAGAGUCAACCGUCAGCCAGUGCAGGAAGUUCCCCACAUAGCGAGGGUGCAAAGACUGAAAUGGAGGCAAGUAGUACCAGUCCAGUUACAGCUUCAUCUGUCUCCUGGACCCCGUCACCACUCCACGGAUCUUUGGAGUUGUAUGAUUUAGCUCAUGACCACACCAAAGCUAAGUCAUCUGUUUGGUUCUAGUUCUUGAUGCGGACAUGGACUCUAUGACUCUGACACCACAAAGUACUAUGCCUGCCUGUUCCUUCCAUCUUUGUAGGCUUUUUUUUUGGUCCAGAAACAAGAUUUUGUUUGUGGCCCAAUUCUUGUCUUUAAUAAUAAGAGGGUUUAAUUAACUUGGUUGCUCAUCAAAUUCAACCUUCCGAUGCUAAAAAUAAUUAAAAUCUUAAUUGACCUGCCUUUCUGCUCAUGUGAUGCUCCCCUAGUGGUUUUUGGCCCUAAACAGGAUUUUGUUUGUGGCCCCAUUUUGGUCUUUAAUAGUAAUAAGGUGAAGUGCCGAAGUACUGGAGUCUGAGGCGGAGUGUCGAAUUCGGGAGAAGACAUGAAAAGCCCCGUCUCUCAACCACAACAGGAAGCGGAAAACCCCCGUCCCUUGUGCCCACCCCUCCGGGUGGCAACCCUUCCCCUAUCGAUCGUUCUGGGGUGAAUUAUGUCCCGGUAACCUACCACUACACAAGCCACCCCAGAAUUCACCCAUAGUCAAAAUCGUCCGUGCUUGCGGCAGAGGAGAAGGGUGUGGUGAAGGAGACAAGAUUGUCCACGCGGGGGUCGGCACACCUGGCCCGGCAGGGGGCGCCUUUCCGGGGAACGGGGGCCUACCCCGGCGAGGGGGCUCCGCCAGUGUCAGGGGAGAAGGGUGUGGUGAAGGGGACAAGAUUGUCCACGCAGGGGUCGGCACACCUGGCCCGGCAGGGGGCGCCUUGCCGGGGAGCGGGGGCCUACCCCGGUGAGGGGGCUCCGCCAGUGUCAGGGGUCACCAGUGAAGCGCCGAAGAACUGGAGUCUGAGGCGGAGUGUCGAAUUUGGGCAACCCCUCCCCUAUCGAUCGUUCCGGGGUGAAUUAUGUCCCGGUAACCUACCACUACACAAGCCCCCCCACAGAAUUCACCCAUAGUCAAAAUCGUCCGUGCGUGGACAACCACACAGCCCCGCCGUGUGCGCACUACUUGCGGCAGGGGAGAAGGGUGUGGUCCACGUGGGGGUCGGCACGCCUGGCCCGGCAGGGGGUGCCUUGCCGGGGAGCGGGGGCCUACUUCGGCGAGGGUGCUCCGCCAGUGUCAGGGGAGAAGGGUGUGGUGAAGGGGACAAGAUUGUCCACACGGGGGUCGGCACGCCUGGCCCGGCAGGGGGCGCCUUGCCGGGGAGCGGGGGCCUACCCCGGCGAGGGGGCUCCGCCAGUGUCAGGGGUCACGAGGAGUGUCUUAUUUUUCUUGCAAACAUUAACUUGCACUCUUUGCUACGUAAAGACAUGAAAGCCCCGUCUCUCAACCACAACAGGAAGCGGAAAACCCCCGUCCCUUGCGCCCACCCCUCUGGGUGGCAACCCCUCCCCUAUCGAUCGUUCCGGGGUGAAUUAUGUCCCGGUAACCUACCACUACAAGGGUUUGAUUUUAUGAGUUGCUCACCAAAUUCAACCCUCAAAGACACCAAAUGUCACAAAUAAUUGAAAAUGUCAAUUGACUUGAAUUUUUUUUUUGAAUUUUUGAUUUUCUAAAUUACUAAUCAAAAUGCCAAAAUUCCACAAAUUAAAUUUCAUUUAAAAUCUUAUUAUUUAAAACGUGUCCAGAGCUUUUCUGAUC